AUGACGACUGCGCUAGACCAUUCGAGUAAGCAGGCAGAAUAUCGAGCGUUGACUAUUUCUAUGACUGUUCUGGGAACAGUCUUUGUUCUUUUGCGAUUUGCUGCUCGGUGGAGGAAGAGAUUGAGUCUUGGAGCAGAUGACUACCUCAUGAUAUUAGCCACAGUAUUUCUAUACGGAACCAUGUGUCUGAAUCUAGCAAUGAUCCACUAUGGUAUGGGUCUACAUGCCAACACUUUACCAGCGAAAAAUUUAGUGAUAGUCGCCAAGCUGCUCAUGGCCUUUGAAUGUGCCUAUUGCACAUGUGCCGGCAUCAUCAAAAUCUCCAUUCUCCUUAUGUAUGGCCGCAUUUUCCCAACGCGAUACUUUAGAGUUUCAGCCUACAUCCUAGGCUCCAUCGUGAUAGCCUGGGUUAUUGCGAUCGUCUGCGUGAGCGUAUUCCAAUGCAGGCCGAUUUCGAAAGCAUGGAACAACGAUCUCCCUGGUACAUGCAUCAACCUGAAGGACUCCUUCAUUGGCAAUGCGGUACCGAAUAUCGUCACAGAUAUCCUAAUUCUCGCUCUGCCGGUUCAAAUUGUCUGGGGUCUCUAUGCCACAGUUCUACAUCGAUUAUCGGUUAUUUCCAUAUUUCUUCUGGGCAGUUUCGUUGUCUUCACAAGCGCCUACCGAUUCUCAACGCUAUUCCAGUUUCAAACUACUGACAUGACCUGGACGCUCUCCAAAGCCUGUACCUGGUGUCUGGUAGAAUGUUCCAGCGGUAUAAUCUCUGCAUGUUUACCUACCCUUCGCCCACUGGUCUCGAUGAUCUCAAACAAAUUCUCAAGUGGGAUGGGUUCACAACGCACACGGACGACCGAGUUGAAGGGAUCCAUGAAUAAUAAUAUAUCAUUGCGACCAGCAAAUGAGUUGUUGUCGAAGCAGAAGAUUCAAGCGGGGUGUUCUCAGGCUGAUGAUUCGUCUGGGGAUGAAGUUCCGUUAAAUACCAUUCGGGUACAGCAUGAUAUGACAUGGCAGGAGUCACAUUAUGCAGCUUGA